GCAGGAAUGAAAAACGCUGAGCUGAAUGGAUGCUGCAAUGUGAGCGGAUGAAGCAUUUUGCUCUUUGGGAGAGCAUUCUCACAGGAGGGUUUUCUCUAGCGUGUUUGCCUUCUAAAAUAGCGAGGUUAUUUUUUCCUUCCCUGAGAUUCCUUCUUCAGUGACUGCAGAGCUCUGCGUUUGUCUCAGCUGUUGUAAAUAGCAUCCUUGCAGAUGGAUGGGACUUGAUGAUGGACCGGGUGCAAACCGAGGUUCCUGGAUUCCCUGACGUGGCUGUUAGGGCUCUCGGUGCUAGUUGUGAUGGGAAGGGCAGCAAAGCUGCCAGAGGUGUCUGUGAGAAUGCCCAGAGUUACUGUGGAGGGACUGGCUAUGGCUGUGCUGGAGGCGAAUCCCCUCAUUUCCUUCUAGGCCUGAGAAUGUUGGGUGAUUUGACCGUGCUGGUCAUAAUCCCAAGCGUUUCUGGAGUGUCCUUCAACACCUCUGCCCUUUUGUCCAUCCCAGCCCCCAGAGGGCUGCAUUCCCCCCAGUCUGCAUGCCCAGCAUGUUCCCUGGGAGCAAACCGGAGGCACAGGGUGGCAGAGAGAAGCUCCUGGCCUGGCAGGGAGGCAGCUUAUCACAUGGACACCCCUCUCCUGGGCCUUGCCUUGCCCAGCCUGCUCCUUCUGGCCUGGACACUGAUACAUGUCAGGCUGGUGUGGGUGCAGCUCCGUCAGGCACUGUUCUAGACUGAGAGGCCGUGCUACAAACAGCUGAAAGGAAAGUGACAGCUUUUAUCUGGGCAUAAUUUCAGCUCCUCAGAUGCUCUCCAAGGCACACCACGCUUUGGCAGCCUGUGAUGCACACUGUCUUUUCCCAAAUGGCUGAAUCACAGCACUGGUGCUUUUUGGGAGCUGUCACAUUUCAUCUGCAGAGGGAAGCUCUGUUUGGUGCAGGAUUUCCAGGCCACCCCAGGCCAGCUCUCUCUAUUUUGUCUUCUCUGUAGCUGUAACGUAGUGCCAGGAUGGAGCAGCAUGCACUGCUGCUCUGACACGGGGUGAGCGCAGUGCUCAGGUGCUGCUUGCCAGGCACAUGGCUGCCAGUUCCUGCAGCACGUCAGCUGCAGCCACAGCUCCCAGGAACCCGAGGAUCCUUCUGUCGUGACGCUGCUUUGAUUUCAGGAGCGUCUGCUGAUCGCCUGAGCGCUCUCGCCUGCACAGAAUGAAUUGUUGGUAUUCCUGUCAAUGCAAAAAGCUCCGUGGGUGUUUGAAGCGUGGAUUUGCUCUUCUAAAUCCUUGAAACGCAUUGACCCUGUAAAUGGCCACAUCAGGUGAUUCUAAGCACGUUAAUCCAGCUUCCCUGCCAAGCCCCAGGAGAUAAUCGCCUUGCUCCAGCACGGGGACGUGGUCGUGUGACGCUGAGUGGCAGUGACGGCACCGGCGCUGUUAGCACAGCCCUGCAGUGUCCCAGCUUCACCCCCAGCACCUGAGCAUAGCGGGGAGCUGCUCACCCUGCUGCUCCCGCUGAGCCUAUCCUGGGCCUUCCCGUUUUAGGGAGAAUCUGGAAGAGCUUGCAGAGCUGUCAGUGAUGAAUAGAGCAGAGUAGAGAAGCGAGAAGGUUGAGGCUGAAGGAGCCGUGCGCUGGCACAACUCGCAGCAUUCUGUGCCCAUAGCGCCGUAAGGCGUGCUUUGCUCCCACGAGUUCUUUGGGGCCCUACUCACAGGGUGCCACCAGAAGGGAGCAGGGCAGCCCCAGGGCAGUGCCUUCCUUGGGAGGGCUGAGCUGGGGCAGUGGUAGAGGGGCCUUUGGGGGAGGGGUCCCAGAGCGAGCUGUGCUGGAGCAAGGCGGGCAGGAAGCGUGCAGGGUGCAGCCCCGGCCUGCCUGCACGGGUGGGACAGAUUCCUGUAUCAGGAUCUCUCAUCUUCUCCCUCCUCUUGCGGUCUGCUGAAAACCUGAGCGGUGGAAACCGAUCGGGAAAGGGGGAGGGGUUUUCGCAUUGGAGAGCGACCUCGGGAUUUCUUCCUUCGCUUUCCGUCCUCGAACAGGGAUGGAGCUGCAGGCAGAGCCGCUUCCGUGGGAAACCCCGGGCAGGCAGAGCUGCAGUGUGAUGCUGUGACACUAAAUUAUUGCCGGGUCCUUCCUGAGCUCUAAUCAAACCCUGUUUAGGUUAAGGUAUUUAUUUUGUCAGUGUUUUGGGUUGGUUUUUUUUCUUUCCAGUGUGUUUUUAACCUCUUCUUUUAACCCCUCGUGUGCUGAGAUGUAAGAAAUGAAUGGUUUCUAUUUAAAUACAUCCUUUUGGGUUUUUUAACUGUUACGUGUAGACUGCAGCUGCACCUUUGGCAGGUGUGAUAGGUAGCAAUGUGCUGUACAGACGUUUAGGGUGUUUAGGAGAGGCUCAGAGGAGAACUGCUCAUAAAAACAGCACGGUGUCUUGUAAAGGGAACAGCCAGUGUGCACAGGGCCCUCCCCGUCAGCCCAGCCGCAGGCUGUGGGACGCACAGAGCAGAUGGGCAGGUCAGUUUGGGGCCGGUUGUGCAACCCUGAGCUGAAGCAGGGCCUCAGUGGGGUGUCCUGUCUGUGUGGCUGCGUUCAGCUUGCUUUCUGGGGUCCGGAUUCCUCCUGAUGGAGGAGCACAGCUGGCUGCAGACAGAUGUUUCCCUCCAGUGGUGAAGAACGGAUCCGGGCGGUGGGUCCAGGCCUGGACUGGGGGCUGUGGGUUCCAUCCCCGAGCAGAACCCAGAGCUGCGCUCCUCCAGCAUCCCAGCAGCACCUCCUGCUCCUCUCCUCUGCUCGGUGCUCUGCUUGUAGCCAUGGAUGCGGGACGUGCAGAGCAAACACAGCUGCACUGCAGCAGCCCUGUCUGUCUCAUGGCCUCCCGUUGUCUUGUUGAGGCUGCUGGGACAUCUCAGGGAUGCUCCCUCCAUCCCCAUCCCUGUCCUUGUUUGCCUCCUCCGUGCUGACCACAGGGCGUGCUGAGCCUUCCCUGGAAAACAAAACAGCUCAGGACGGACAGUGGGAUGGAAAUGGUGAAGCAGUGAGUGGGUUUGCGUGCCGAGCUUCCCACCUGCUCUGUGUUUUUAUGAGUACGGGCUCCUCGUUCUGUACAUGUUCCUAUGAGCUAUCGUUAACCCUACAAAUGUAACCUGUGUAAUAGCUUCUCUGUAUAUUACAGCCGUAGGCUUUCCAGAUAAAAGUGGAUAAUAUUUAUUUACUGAAGAUACUGGAUAUUUUUUUUUGUUUGGGAAUGGGGUAGGGAAAGAAGGGGGACAUAACUGUAAAGGGAUCGACGAUGUAAAGAGAAACAAACCAUAAAGCUAAAGAAACCCAACACUAAAACGUUGCUGUAUUCACGUAGGGAAGGUACAACUGUAUUAAUCUGCCAUCGUUUAACCUGUUCCAGAAAUCAUCUCUACUUUGGUUCCUGCAUGUGAGAUACUCCAAUAAAUGCACUACUGGUGUGGACCGGAGGCGCGCGCUGUGUCGCGGUGUUGUGUCGCGCCGCGUCCUUCCAUCGGGAGCUGCAGGGAGGAGCCUCCCGCGCCUCCGUACGGCCCUGCCGACGGGCAGAAGAGGCUCCGGGUGACGGAGGGGCCGCACGGCAGGACGGAGGGCUUCGGGGCCGCCCCGCCCGCAGCCCGGCGCGUCCCGAUCCCGAUCGCCCCGACGCUCGCCGCCCGCCCGCUCGCUCGCUCAUCCCGCCCGCCUCUUCCCGGCGGCGGUUCCCUCCCAGCGGCCGCACGCCGAGCACCACGUGGAUCCUCGCAGGACCGCCGUGAUGUCACGCAGCCCCGCGCCGUGAUGCGCGAUCACCCCACUCCGCCCGCCGCGCUCAUUGGCCGCGCCGCGCUGGUUCUACGGGCGGGGUUUUCCCUCCGGCCGUCAUUCCGGGGAGUCCCGCCCCGCGCGGCCCCGAGCGCACCGCCCCGCGGGGGCUGCGGUUUCUUCGGAGGGAGCGCGGCGUGGGGCGCAGCCCUUCUGUUUUCAGGGGAGGCGCAGAACGGGAAAACGGCGCCGAGUCGGUGCCGUUUCUUCCCCCUCCCGCGUGGCGCGGUGUGGGUCGUCGCCCCGGCCCCGCUCAGCGAUGCCCAAACCCCUCUGGGGUUCCGUGCCCCCGCUCGCACCUGGGGUCCCGCUGCCCUCCGCUGCCCUGCGGUCCCCAGCGGUCUUAGAUUCGAGGGCAACGCGCAGCUCCCCGAGCCGCCCCACGGCACGUCGUGGGCUCCCGGGGGUUGGGUUAUGGGGCGUCUUCCAGCUGCGGGUGGGGAUGUGGGAGCGGCGCUGCCCCGUGCCGCAGUGCUGCUCCGUGGGUCCCUACGACGCACGGGGCGCAGUGGGGGAGCGGUGCGGGGCUCCUCCAGCUCCAUCUGACCCACGGGCAGCCUCGGUGAGGUGGGCCAAAUUUCAGGGCUUUGUUCCCCGGGCUGAAACAAAAAGGUGGAAGAGGAUGAACCCAGAAGGAGCCCUAAAACGUCAUCACCCUAAAACCGCGGCUCUCUAAAACCGCAGCACCCUCAAACCUCAUUACUCCCAACCUGCAGCUCCCUGACACAGCUCCGCACCGCGGGGCCGGCACACGCCGGAGGCACCCCGCACCCACCCCACAACGCUGCCUUUCCCCGCUCCCGCCAG